CUUGACAAUAUGGUCUUUGAAAAAAGCAGCGCGGCUAAUUCAAGAUGGCGGAGAUGGACCAGCUAGACGAGAGCUCUUCAGCAGAGGCGCUAGUCAGUCUGAAAGAGGGCAGUCUGUCAAAUACUUUGAAUGAGAAGCAAACAAAAGCUCACAACACGAGAGGAAGACACACCUUGGUGUCCAUGGAAACGCCCACACGGAGCUCCAAGAGGAGCAGACUGUUCAGAGAGGAGGAGGAGCAGCGCCUCCCAUCCAGAUCCCCUAGAAGGAGCCAGAGGGUCACCUCUGUACCCCAGAAGUUUGCUAAUGUGACGACCCCAGAUAAGAAAGUGUCUCAGAGAAUCGGGCUGAGGUUGAGAAACCUUCUCAAACUUCCUAAAGCACACAAAUGGUGCAUCUACGAGUGGUUCUAUUCUAACAUAGACGGACCGUUAUUUGAAGGUGACAAUGACUUCUGCCUGUGCCUGAAAGAAUCCUUCCCCAACCUGAAGACCAGGAAGUUGACCCGUGUGGAGUGGGGUACAAUCAGGAGACUGAUGGGGAAACCCAGACGGUGUUCGUCUGCGUUCUUUGCUGAGGAGCGGACUGCGCUGAGACAGAAGAGGCAGAAGAUGCGUAUGCUGCAGCAGAGGAAGUUUUUCGACGUGGCACACUGCAAAGACCUCCCCGACGAGAUCCCCUUGCCGCUCGUCAUAGGAACCAAAGUCACCGCUCGUCUUAGGGGAGUCCAUGACGGCCUGUUCACUGGGCAGAUCGAUGCCGUGGAUACGGGCGCUGCCACUUACCGUGUGACCUUUGACCGGAAUGGGCUGGGCACACACACCGUGCCUGAUUACGAAGUACUGAGUAAUGAGCCCAACGAGACCAUGCCCAUCUCAACCUUCGCACAGAAACUGAGACCCUCCCGCUUCCAGAACUUCAUGACCCCUCCCAGAGUGACCUACCCCUCUGCCACCACACCAGUCCUCAUGGACAAUGAUCCCCUCAUCAGCCAGUCUCCAUGGAAAAACAAACUCCCUGGAGCGGACGGGGACACGCUUGGAGGGUUCCCUGUCAAGUUCCUCGUCCAAGUGACGAGGCUCUCCAAGAUCCUCAUGAUCAAGAAAGAACACGUCAAGCACUUAAAGGAUAUGAACGCAGAAGCUGAAAAACUGAAGUCGUGCUCGAUGCCUAUAGGCCUAGAGUUCCAGAAGCGUUAUGCCACCACAGUACUGGAGCUGGAGCAGCUCAAUAAAGACCUGAACAAGGUGCUGCACGAGGUCCAGCAGUUCUGCUACGAGCUGGCCCCAGAUCAGGGCAUGGCUCCUGUGGACCGGCCCACAGAGCUGCGUCAGCGCUGUGAGGAGGAGGCCAAGGAGAUGGUGCAGCAGACCAACACCCUCCGUGACGACCAGCAGUGCGUCUCCAACGCCAGCCUCACACACCUCAUCUCAGGCCUCACUGCCUUACUGCUGCAGAUCAAGUGUCUGGCUGAGGGAGGAGACCUGAACUCCUUUGAAUUUAAAUCGCUCACUGACUCUCUGAAUGACAUAAAGAGCUCAAUAGACCCCUCCAACCUCAGUUGCUUCCAGAACAACGUAGAGAUUCACGUAGCCCACAUCCAGAGUGGUCUGAGUCAGCUGGGAAACCUACACGCCUUUGCAGCCAACAACACCAACACGGUCUGAACACACACAAAGAGAGCGGCCUGGUCAGCAUCAACUAAGUGGAACAUGCACACUAUCUCGAGUGACUGAAAGAAGAGGUCGGUUUGUGGCUCCCCUGACUUUCAAACAAAAAGCCCCCACUGAAAUGAUCUGGCUCAACAUGUAGGCUGUUUCUGAGGUUGUGGGGAAAUAUCCUUAGUUUUCUCACAACUGUUUGAUUUUAUUGUAUAUAUGUCUUUGAAAAUGACUUGUUUACUGUAAUGAACACAGACAAAAUGUCAUGUCAAACCGACCCUAGUCUAUAGACUAGACUUUGGUCACUGCAAGAAUUCACAACCCAAUUUAUGUUGUAGAUUUAUUCUAUGGUCUCAUGUGCCAAACAGUACUUCAAGCAGUUUCUAUUAUAAUACAUAUUUAUUUUUAAGAGUUGGUGAUAAAACAAGAUUUACCAUUUGGAGCUUCCCUUUGUGAGUCAAUGUUUUGUGUUCCUUUACUCCACUGGUAGUAAGCACAGGGUAGGCUAAAGAAUGUUUUGUAAAAUUGUUUAUUGUAGAUAUUUGUACAAUACCUUUGAGUACUCUGAUUUAUCGUUAACAUUUCUGUAACAUACUCGGAGAUGGCUUUUGUAAUUGUGUGCACUGAAGAAAUUUUUGUAUUUUUGUAAAAUGAUAAUUCUGGUUUUUGAUGCAGUUGACGCAAAUUGAUUGGCAGCCUCGAAUGGGGCAUUGUUGAAGCAUCAGACCGACAUGUAACCUAAAUUCAAACAAUACUAAGGUGAUAAAUGUUUGUUUCCAGAAUUUCUCCAGUUCACCUUUUUUUGUUUUGUAAAUCUGUAUAUGGGAAUUUGUAAAUAUUCCUUGCUCUCAUUUUAUAUUAAACACAUAGCCAAGAAAACAUGAUUUUGUGACAAUUGAUACGGAUCAGUGAGGGGAAAAAUUACACAGCAGGGGUAGAUUAAAUAUAAUAUUUUAUUUGGUAGCCUGUUUGAAAACGAAGACAAUCAAAAUAAUAUACAAUAAAUAAGUA